AUGCUGGUUCGACAAAUAAGCUUCCUUUCACAGAAGUUUCUUAGGAGACCGUUCACAAGCUUGAUGUCAAAAAGUCUUGUGAAGUCAAUAGAAAAAUGCAUUGAUGCAGAACUGACUGAAUACCAACAAGAUGAAGCUAUACCAUUCUUUCUAAGAAAAGCUGGAUUCCGCUUACUCCCCCCCCUCCGUGAGUGAACAAAACCAUUAGAAAAAUCCCUAUUUUUUGCCCAAAAACCCACCUCCGUGAGUGAACAAAAACGUUUUUAAUAGAAAAAUAUUUUUAUGAAAAAAUUUUGAUAUAUAAAUGAUAAUUAUUAUAAUGAAAUCUAGAGCUAAUUUUAAUUUUGAACGAAUUGCAUUUUAAAACAUAAAUUUUAUAAAUUAAAUUUAUAUUUGCUUUCCAAUUUUUGCAAAAAUUAGGAUUUUUUUAAAUUUCGAAAAAAAAUAUUUUUUAUAAAAUUUUAUUUAUAAAUUUUUAAAAAAAAAAAAAUUAAUCCCCCUCCGUGAGUGAACAAAAUUUUUUUGUUCACUCACGGAGGGGGGGGGGGAGUUAGUUGAUGAAAAUAAUUCAAUAUUAAUUAAGCUUUUAAAAACAACACAAGAAUAUGACGUCGAGAUCCAUUUUAAUGCAAGAUUGCCUGAUCCAAUUAAGACUGAAGAAGAUGAAAAGAAUGCCCAGGAUGAAAAUUAUCAGCCUGAGCAAAGUGUGGAUUUUAAGGUUCUGCUGAAAAAGAAUGGAACUAAAGAAGGCCUCGUUUAUGAGUGCUAUACUAGGAAUUCAUCGAUUUGGUGCGAAAACGUGAUGAUGAUUGAAAACACAGAUGAUUUUAUAAGCAAUAUAGAAAUGAUGAACAGAAGCAUUUAUCGAGGGCCAGGAUUUUUUACAUUGGACAAGAUGCUGCAAGAUGCAAUUUCUGACCAUUUCAGAGGGCUGGGGCUAAAUGAUGAUCUUGGUCUUUUCCUCGAAGUUUAUUCAAUAGAUAGAGAACAGAGGCUGUAUAUGGAGUGGCUAAAUAAAAUUAAAGAGUUUGCAAGUGAGUAA